AUGAAUGACAACAUCGACCAUGAAGCUAUGGUCCGGGCAGCCUGCCUCGCCGACUUGGGCCGUUACCGCCAGGAGGAGCUACCUUUGAGCAACCAAGCCCGUCGUGGUCCUUCCUUCGCCCCGAACAAGAACAACGGAUCCAAAAACAUCGACCCGCACCUAAAGAUCAAGCUCAUCCACAAAUGGGGGAGUGCCAAGAUCGAGGAUGAAGAGAGCCGACAGAUGGAGGGCCUUGAGAUCGAGGCGCGACCUUGGGCCAAAGGCCGGGUGGCAGAAGCUUUCUCUACCAACAAGAUUAAAAGUGGUCCGCCCCCUCGCAUUUCUCCCCGUAAGCCCGAGACUUCUGCCCACGGCAAUGGAAACAGUAUCGCAGAUUAUUUUAAACCACCAACAGACGGAUGGAAAAAAUGCGUCGUGGCACUGGUCGAGAAAAGCCCCAUUAAUGAUCCCAUCACUGUCAAGUGGGGUUCUAUACAGAACGCAUCAACACCCUCGCUUGCUUCUCAAGGUGUGGUUCCCAAGUCUGUUCAGGGGCCCGUAUCCAACAACGGUCUAUCAACCGGUACUUCUGGAAACGAAUCAUCUAAGGCCAGCGCUCCUCUCAGUACCCCUCUGGAAAAUUGUACUCCACGAGUCGUCCUGAGUUUUACCCUUCACCGAAAAGGUUUCGACUCCAAGGCCGUGGAAACUAUCAUCGGAAGCGGAUAUUGCCAGGUUGUUCCGGACAAGAACGAAGCCCUUGGCUUUGCCAGUUCAGUCAUGUUGAAAGUCCAUGAAGAGAACGGCGGCUUCCUGGUGUUUUGCAGUGAGCUCAAGGGGGAUAAAAUCCUCGACGUCCUGGACCUUCGCAAGCCAAGCCUUGAGGGUUCAUACUGCAAGGUACAGGCCACAACGCAGGAAAGACCUUAUUAUAUUCGGUUCGACAAUGAUGAACACGUCAAGGUCUUCAAAGCCUGUCUAUCUAGGGUCAAAAAGGCUGUUUUGCUACACAAGAUGCCGGAACCUAAGGAUUCUCCUAAGGACGCUCCUAAGGUCUCUCCGAAGGUCUCUAAGACUGAAGUGACUGGAGUCACAGUUUCCAGUCCGAGCACGGCCACUAACGAAUCAACCCCGACGGUAUCUACUAUCGUUCCUCAGAACGUGGUCCCAACCCCAACAGACACCGAGCUGAUCCGUAUGGAUGACGACUGGGACAGCACUAACAACCCGCAAGUGCCGGCAAUUCAAGCGGCUGUGAACCCUAUGGUCGUACUUGUUCGACGAUGCCUCGCGUACUUCAGCGCCGAAGGUAACUUUUGUGCGGGCACAAUUGCAGGGAUUGAAGACGCGAUCUUUGAUCAGUGGAAGAGCCAAGGCUUCCUGGAAGAUUGUAGCGAGAGGGAACGAGAGGCUGCGUUUGCCAUGCUUCGAACAUUUGUGAAUGUAGAAUUGAUCCUCUCUGGGAAGAAGCCACCAGGCAAGGCUACCCAAGCUCCUGAGCAGGUCGAGAGCUUCAACAAGCGUCCCAGGCGUGGAGCCACCCAGGGACUAGGUUCCUCUUGCUUCGCAAAGAAGCCCUUUGCUUACGAAGGCAGCUUUACCGGCCCUCGCCCUCGCGCUGCUUACAAGUAG